AUGCGACCACUGACCCUCGUCAAUUUCGCUUUCUUCUUUCUAGCUACCGAGAAGCUGCAGACCAUUGCGGAGACUGCGCUGGCAUUUAUGUCACACGACAUUCCUCGCUUGCAUAUGAUGUGUAACAGGCUUGGUCUCGAGUACACGCUGUGUGCCACCGAGGAGGUAGCGCCCGAAAUGAGAAGCCAACUGCGUGCGGUGCAGGAAGCAUACGCCUCGUUGAAGUCCAAGUUUGCCCACCAGAGUCUCGAGUUCGCCUCGGUAGCGGAAUGUCUACUACAUCAGCUGGCAGAGCGACGACAAUCGAGGUCUCCGUCUGACUCCUCUCCCGGACUCGAGGAGGAGGAGGAGCAAACGGGUGAAUUAAAGGAGGAUGUAAGUGCAAAUAUUUGGAUUUCAUAA